AUGGUUCUCCUCGUUGCGACGGAUCGCAUAAUAGCAGCCCUUGGGGCUGUACCUAUCUCACAGCGAUCGGAGCUCGAUCUCCCCUCCGCGCUACAAUCCCAUGACCCGAUUACACACGAGCAGCUGCUCCGUCUUGCGAAGCACCUCCAAAAUAACAUCCAAUAUCAAGCCACCACCACCGACGAACACAAUCACUCUACAAUACUAAACACUCUCCUCCACGGAACAAAAGUCUACAUCCCCCCGCCCCCAAAGAAACCAGAACCCAGCCCGGAAUACCUCGCCUCAAAAGCCCGCCUCCUCGCCGAAGCCGAACGAGCAGCCUACCAGCGCCUCCUAAAUCCAACCUACCCCCCCCCCCGACCACGCCGAUCCCCACGCCCCCUCCCCCGACGCAACAGAAGACACCCUCACCCCCAGCUUAGUCUUCAACAUCUUCCUCUCCGUUGUGAUAACAGGGUUCAAACGUUUACCUCGUGGACGGGGCCGGGCGGGCAAGAUGGCGAUACGGGGGAGGUUACGGGCGGUGCAUCGGAUGCGGUGCGCGUGCUUGUUUCUUUUUUUGCCGCGUUGGCGGUGGCGGUUGCGGAGGCUUUCUUGUAUGGGGCGUAUCUGGAGAAGGUGUCGAGGGCGCGGGCGAAGGAGAAGAGGGUUAAGGAGCGGAAGGUGUUUGUUGGGAGGGUUGGGGGGAGGGGGAGAAGGUAG